AUGGCUGCUACUGUGCGUGGAAACGGCAACGGACUAACACCGAUUGCCCCAACUUCCAUAGCAAAUGGUGCGCGGGGCUUGGGUUAUGAAAAUGCUUCGGUGUCACUAAUGCCGCAGGCUUGUCAAACAUGCGCGAAACGCAAAGUCAAAUGCGACAAGGUGGCACCCACUUGCUCCAGAUGCCGCAAGGGUGGGCUCGAGUGCCUUUACCAGACAACCCAGCCGCGAUCACGGAAAAGAAAAAUCAGCGAUGAGGCGCUGGAAAAGCUCGCUCGAUAUGAGCGCAUCCUUAAAGAGAACGGGCUUUUGGAUGCUGAGAUCCCAGUCUCUACUGGAAACACGCACUGCGAAGCGUCUCAGCUUGUCGAUCCUGACCACCAGUUAGGGACCUCAAAAACGGGUAAACUCCUGACUGUUCGAGGCAAAUCGCGAUACGUCGAUAGUCACACCUGGUACAAUCUCUUAAAUGAUGAGAUCCACCACAUUUCCGAUGACGAUGAAGAAGAUGAAGCGACCCCCUACAGUUCUAGUCUCUCGAGGAAUGUCACCUCAUACUCAGACCCAUUAACCGGGGCGCUCCUUGGAGGACAUCAAAAUCUUACUCAAUAUCACCCAACCCAUGCUAAUGCUAUGGUGUUGUGGAAGAGAUAUGUUGAUAACGUGGAGCCUAUUUGCAAAGUCCUACACGUUCCGUCAACAACUCAGAUGGUGGACUCGGCAUCGCAACGCCCUGAAACGGCCUCAAAAUCUGAGGAGUGUCUCUUGUUUUCGAUUUACCAUGCCGCAGUAUUUUCUAUGCCAGAAGAAGACUGUGCAAAGUAUCUUAACCAGAAGCGUGGUGCAACAAUGCAGCAGUACCACCAUGCUGCAAGGCAAGCCCUUGUGAACGCGUCUUUCUUAAGAACAACAGAGUUAUCGGUCCUCCAAGCGCUCUUUCUUUUUCUUCUGCCCACCCGCUACUCAUAUGACCCGCAUACCUACUGGAUCUUGACCGGUAUCGCAUCCCGCAUAGGACAACGGAUUGGGCUUCACCGGGACGGAAACAAGCUCGGGCUACCUCCUUUCGAGGUUGAAAUGCGACGACGGCUCUUCUGUCAAGUAUUCCCGCUCGACUUUAGAGCAGGUCAAUCUGUUGGUACCGAUUUUAUGGGUUUGCCCGAUUUCUGGGAUUCUCGGCCUCCCCUUAAUAUCAAUGAUGACCAAAUUUGGCCUGGAAUGGCCAAACCUCCAACAGAGCAAAAAGGCGCCACAGAUAUGAUUUUUUGUUUGUCGCGCGCAUAUUUGGGUAAGAACUUGAGUCGGGCGGGAAAUCCAAUCAACGGUGCUGCGCCCUGGAAAUUUUCAAACUAUCACGAAGCGGACAAAGUUAUUAGCGCCGCAGAAAGCGAAGUGGAGGAGAAGUUUAUACGAUACUGCGACGUUGUUGAUCCACUGCAUUUCCUCACUAUUGGACUUUCUCGGUCGGGAUUGACUGCUAUGAGGCUUAGGGUCCGACUUUCUCGGAUCAGGGAGCCGAGCGCUACGGACGAAGAGAGGAAGGAGGCGUUUAAUCUUGCACAGAAAACGCUGGGUAUUGAUGGAGCCGUUCAUGCUCAUAGCGGCAUCAGCAAGUUCCAAUGGCACACCCGGCCUUUCUUUCUGUGGGGUACACGAGAGGCAUUCAUCUUUACUCUUACAGUUUUAUCAAAAAGGCGCGAUUUGCUGACUACUGAAGAGACGACAACUGCCUGGAACAGCGUUGCGGAACUGUACAAAAACCAUGGAGAGCUCUUUGAUGGCAAACAAGCUUGGCAUGUGGGACUUCGAAGACUGACUCUCAAGGCCUGGGACUCCUCUCAGUCAGAUAAUGUCGCUGCAGAGCCAGAAUUCAUUCGGACCCUUGGGCAUCUACGAGACAAAAGGGGGACACCACACAAUCAAUGCCAGGGCGAGAAAGCAGAGACAGUAUCAAUGGAAGCCAACGUCAUGGGCUUCGCAAUGAGCACUGAUUAUGAAUUUGAUGUGGAUGACUGGGUUUUCUGGGACCAAAUAAUCCAAGACCGUUAA